AUGUGGGGAGGGCGCCCAGCAUCCCCCACCUUCUCAACCACCACCACCGGCUCCAAGAUCAACUUGCCCGAGAAUCACACACUAAUUACGCGUAAGGAUCUGCGGCAGUCUACUGCCUGCUUUGAGGAGCUUAUGGCGGCGGCCAAAGCGUACCGUAAUGCUCUCUUAGCCAUGUCAUCAGCCACUGCCGCAUUCGCGACUGCCAUGGAGGCCUGCUCCAGAGUGAAAGGGUGCAGGUCGUCCAAUUCGGCACUGGCAGGUGCCUCGGGCCUUCAAUAUCUCGUCUCCAAUCACGAGCAACUCCUAGCCGACACUGUCUAUCGUCAAUUCGAGAUUCCCCUGCUUGAAGCUCUGGACGAAUAUAAGCUUGUCACUGCGGAUCGCCUGGCGCAGUACGAGAAAUCUCUGCACGAGCAAAGCCAAAAGAUCAGAAAGACUGAAGCAGAUAACUUGAAGGUUGGACGGAGACGAAAGAGAGACUUGCAGCAGUUCCGGGAAGCACUCGCAGAACUUCAAAGACAAGUCGACGACCUCGAUACCAUCAAAGCGAGCUACCACGAAGAAGUCUUGGAGGGGGAGGAUGAAGUCUGGGAGACUGUUCUCGGCCGCGUUGCUUUUGUCGUACGCAGCCAGCUGGACUUUUAUGAAAAGAUUGCAGGCAAGGCGAGUGAUCCGAUAUUGGAGCCCAUGGUCAUGUCCAUACCCGAUCCCUUUGACGCGUAUGGGCCGCCGAAAGAGGAGGGGCAAAUAUUCAGUGUGCUUGCACCGCUAGGAUUGCUCGACUCCAGUGCACCCCAAUCACCUAAACCUGGUCUUCCCCGGACAUCAUCACCAACACCCGCAUCAGCCACUUCCCCCGGACCAUCCGCCUCUCCCCCCAAAUCACCUCACUCCCAACUCCUCUCACCCACAAAACAAUCAUCAUCAUCGUCAAGCAUCAAUGCCGAUAAUGUCCUGGGGCAAUUCAACGAGUGGCUGGAUGAGGCUGAUGGUGGGGAUGAGAUUGGACGGAAGAGCUCGAGAGAGAGGAGGGAGUUGAGUGUGAUUGAUGAGACUCAGGAUGGGGUGUCUGUGCUUGCUAGUGAGGGUGGAGAAAGGGAUGAUGUCAGUGCGAGGGGAUGA